ACUCUGCACUGUACAUGUAUUUGACAUUUUUCAAGCUUGGGCUGGUGUAAAAUUAUAAAAGUGAAACUGAAUCUCUGGACUAGGUCAAGCUACAAACACAUCAGUAUGAAUUUGAAAUUUGAACUUUAAUGGAAGACACAUCCAACUGCUGUACGAGCUAAAAUUGCAACCGCAAAACAGGAAAUAACCACUCUUUUCUCCUUCUUCUCAAGCUCCGUCUUUGAUUCAUCAAAGUGAAAGUCUCACUCUUAAAAUAAUCCUCUAAGAAUGCAACUUCAGGCAUACAUGUAAGGACAUUUUUUUGCUCUUAAACUUCAUGGCAGACUACAUGUAAUUCUUGAUAUUUCCAGUGUGUGAAGUGAAACAUGUUAAAAAAAUAACAUUUUGAGCAAUCAAAUUAUAGUCAUCUUGCAGUACAUUCUGUUGUGCAAGAAUUUCAACAAAGAAUUGUUUGGAGUGUACAUGUGUAUAUGUACAGUGAAUAUGAACAUUUAUUUCCUGCAUUUAUGAAUCUAUCCUGUACUUGACUACUGAGCAUCACAACUGAUAUAUCAAGAUUCAAAAACAGAGACAGCAGCUUUGGCAUACUUGUGAAUUCUUGAUGUAAUAGCAUGCGUUUAUGCCCAGGAGGGCCCUGCAUGGUAUACAUCCGGAUCCAGAUCCAGAAUAGAAUACUCAACAUACAUUAUACAUGGAAAUAACCCGUGGAAAUCUACAUUAAUUACCUCUAGUUAAUAUCUUUGUUCCCUAUUUGAUAAUAAUUUAAUUCUAACGCUUACAUUUAUGUUGCUGUUAUUGAAUUCUGUUAAGACUGAGUUUUGAAGACAUAAUCCAUUGGUGCAUAUGAAAGAGUCUAGUAUAGAGAGUGAGGUGAACAUAAAUUAGUUUCACCAUCAAAAAGACACUGAUCUGUGAGUUUAUUUUAUCCAAAAAACUUUCAUCUUUUGAUCAUUUAAUCCCCCUUUUUGUUGACUCUUCUCUAAAAUUUUUUCUUCGUAAAUUGAGUUUCCAAACUGAAAUCCCCGUUCCUUGCAAAUCUGUAUUUUGAAAAGAUUAAUUGGAAGAACAAUUUUUAACACUCACUUACUGCGAUUCCCUACUUCUUUUUAAAUUCGAGUAAAUAAUAUUAAUUUGAAUAUGUGUGAGUUUGGCAAAGCUCAUGGUAAAAUUACUCAACUCUUAUUUGUCUUGAGCAUGACAUGUAUCAUGUUUAACAACCCAAGUACUGGCACAAUCCUCCAUGCUAGAGAAGGAGAGACCGAAGCGCUCAACUUUUCAUACCCAUGUGACAGCACCUCAACUACUUUGCGACAUGGAUACAAGUUACCCUUCUACAACUCAGCAAAACAAGAUAACCCGAUACCUCUGCGAUAUGACCUUCAACAUUUUGGGGAUAGUGUCACAGACGCUACCUGUUUGGUCCGUUUGACCAUAAAUCCUGUAUCACGAGAUGACGAGGGAACGUUUAUUCUUUCGGCAUACAACAGGAGUCGACUGCUACCUGACUACCCAAGGGUUGGGUUGCGUGUUGGUUACCCUCCUGGUAAGGCAUCGUGCGGAUCAAGCAGUGGCCAUCUAGAUGGGGUAUGGAUGAAGCUACACUGCACUGCUCCCAAAGGAACUAUAGCCGGCCAAAUUCAAUGUUACCAGGAUAGUGUGAGGCUUCCCCAGUUAGACAGACCAGUCGAAAGUGGUGGGGCCUUGCGUCAGGUCAUACUGGCAAGAACGACUAUUCAUUUCGUACGAUGUUGUUCUUCCACCUUUGAUCAAACCAAGACCAUAUCACAAUGUGCGGAUGGUGGAUGGGAUCCGGUCAAGAAUGAAGCUAUUGCAGACAUGGCACACUGGAACACUACCCCCUCACCUGUCCAACAAUCAGCAACAAACUUGCUUCCAGGCCGAGGAAGCAAUGCUCCUUCUUCUAAUCAAAACUCGAUACCAGAUGCGAUAGAAAACAAAAUGAUGCUUUUGAAGAGGUCCCUAUUUAAAGUAAUUGGGCUUCUGAGCUCAUUCAUAGUUAUUAUGAUCAUUGUUACUUGCAUCCUGUGUAUGAGGUUAAGAAAGAUUACAGCUCAAAACCUGAGUGACAAUGACAAUUGACAAUUGACAAUGAUUGACAAUGAUUUUGACAAUGAUUUUAUUUCUUUGACGGCCCCUCCUGGGGGCAUAGAAGAAAUAUAACAACUUACAACAAUGGAAAUAAUAGGCAUAAGAAAAAAAUACCAAGGUAACAAGAAUCAAACAUGAUGAUAAUAAACAUAUGUACAAUACAAGAGCAGUAAUAGAAAUAGAAACGGGCACAAAUUAACCCACCCACUCCCGACAUGCCAGAGAGUAUCUGGAGACCAGUACCCCACUGAGCAUGUGCAGGUGCAAUCCAGCAAAAUCUGAAAUCAUGCCCUAAUACAAGAAAGUAACCAAGACAGCAACUACACUUAAGAUAUUAAAAUUUUGACAUAAUGAAUUUACAAAAUCUUGACAGAUUUUUCAAGUCUUUUGUAUUUCGCAUAUUAAACAGCUUGUGCAUUUUAAUCACGUUUGGUCUGACAAAAUAAUACCCUCUAAUUUAAGCUUUCCUUUAACUUUCAAAAGCAGGACAAUUAAACACAUAAUGAAUCUCGUCUCCUGGCUCAUGCGAGUCACAUAGAGUACAAGUUUGCAAACCUUGAUUAGGCAGGUAACGACCAUUAGCAAUUGGCAAUCUAUGAUUUCCACAACGAUAUUUACAGAGUUCAAUCCUAUCUGCAAAAUCUAAUUUCACUAAAUAGUUCUCAAACCCAAAAUCUUGUUUGAAUAUCCUAUAAUUCAUGCACAAACGGUUUCUAUUAAUUUCAGUAUUCAAUUCCUGUUUAGCAAUAUCAUCCAAUCUGAGACUCACAGUUGACUUAACCCACUUAACGUCCAAGACUAUAUUCUCAACACUCCACAGGUUAGACAUCCCACAUCUAUCCAAAAUGUUUUUCACUUUUACUAUCCAUGGUGACUUAUAAAGGUCCCUAUCAUGAAGUUGACGCAAAAGCCUAUAAAUCAUACUUGACAAUUUAGAUUUUCCAUUUACACUUUGACGAAUCCUUGCCCAAAAAUUUAUCAUACGCUUUUCAAUAAUAUAAAGCAGACUGACUCUUCCCAAUUCGCCAUAUGCCAUACAAUUCGCAGACCCUCGACUAAGUCCAAGGAGGCUUUUUAUAAACUUCUUAUGAAACAUUUCAAUACAAUCUACAUCACC